GACAAGGAGAUCUUUUUGGAUAUAGCAUGUUAUUUUAAAGGGAACCAUGUGGAUGACGUAAGACGAAUAUUAAAUAUUCGGGGAUUCUUUGCGGUAUCCGGAAUUAGAGUUCUUGUUGAUAUGUCUCUCAUAUCAAUUGAUUCAACCGAGGAAACCAUAGAGAUGAACAAUUCGCUUCAAGAAAUGGGAAGAAAAAUUGUUCAUGAACAAUGUAUUCGCAAUCCCGGUGAACGCAAUAGGUUGUUCAACGAUGAGGAUGUCUAUCAUGUACUGAAAAGAAACACUGGGACUCCAAUUGUUGAAGCCAUAUUGGUUAACUGGUUUAAGAUGGAAAAUCUGCAGUUGAAAUGUGCAGACUUCAGAAAGAUGCCUAACCUAGAGAUGCUAAUUGUAUUUAACUCUGAAGAGUGUGGCACUUACUGCAAAUUAACCGCUUCUCUAGAUCUUCCUGAUUCUCUGCGUUAUCUUUACUGGCUUGGAUAUCCUUUGACAUCUUUGCCGUCGAAUUUUUCUCCUGAACAUCUAGUUGAGCUUAAUAUGCGCAAAAGCCAAGUGAAUAAGCUGUGGAAUGAAGAGCAGAGACCUGUGAACUUAAGAGUGAUCGAUCUGGAGUGGUCUAAAAAUCUAACUGAAGUUCCAAAUCUCUCUGGGAGUCCAAACAUUGUGCGCAUAAAUCUUUGUGGCUGCAAAAGUUUGGCUGAACUUCCUAGGUGUCUUCAACAUCUCGACAAGCUUACUCAUCUUGAUCUUUCAAUGUGCACAAGUCUCAAGUAUCUUCCAGAGAUGCCAGAGAAUAUUGAAUUCUUAGAUUUAUUUGGUAGUGGUAUAAAGGAGUUGCCUGAAUCAGUUUGGUCUCACGAAAAAAUUUCUUACUUUAAUAUAAGAGAAUGCAGAGACCUUAAGAAACUUCCAAGCAACAACUGUAAGCUGAAAGUCUCUGGUUGUUUUGAUCUACAGGGCUGCACAUCUCUUGGAGAGGUUUCUGAGCUUCCCAGCGAUAUAAGUGAAUUAUCAUUGGUUGGUUGCGAGAGCCUUGUGAGUAUACCAACCAACAUUUGUAAGUUGAAAUCUCUCAAGAAACUCAAUCUCUCUAGGUGCUCUAAACUUGAAAACUUACCGGAGAUCUUGGAGCCAAUGGAACAUUUGGAAUAUCUUAGUUUAAGUGGAACAGCUGUUCAGGAGCUACACUCAUCAAUCAAGUUUCUCCAUGCUCUAAAAAAAAUUGAACUACGGGAUUGCAAAAGGCUUUCAAGUAUCCCGAGUAGCAUUUGUAAGUUGAAAUCUCUUGAGACAUUUGAUCUUUCUUGGUGCUCUAACCUUGAAAACUUCCCAGAGAUUUUGGAGCCAAUGGAACAUUUGAAAUCCUUAAAUUUAAGCGGAACAGCUGUUCAAGAGCUACACGCAUCAAUCGAGUUUCUCCCUGGUCUCAAAAAUAUUAAACUACAAGCUUGCAGAAGGCUUUCAAGUAUCCAAAGAUCAUUUGCAAGUUGAAGUCUCUCGAGAGACUUGAUCUCACACGUUGCUCUGCUUUUUACGAAUUCCCUCAAAUCUUGGAACCAAUGCAACAUCUGAACUUUCUUAGUUUGGAAGGGUCAGCGGUCGAAAUGCUUCCUGUUAACAUGUGUCUAAAGUAGAAGGGUAUGCAAAGAUUAUGUAAAUAUUAGGAGUCUUUAUUUAUUUAUUUUUUUUUGUCGAAAAAUAUUAGGAGUCCUUUAUUAGGAAGGAUAUAUUUUGUGUCUUUUAAUGUUUCCUUGUGGAACAAUGAUUGUAUGUGUUACUGUGUAUAUAUCUUUGAUUUUGUGAAUAAUAACAUAACAAGAAUUCCAGCCGUA